AUGCAAGAUACAUACAACCUUGGCUGGAAGCUAGCAAGCGUUGUGAAAGGAAUGGCUACGCCGGAAAUACUCCACACCUACCAAAGUGAGCGGCUUCCUGUUGGGGAUAGAUUAGUCUCGUUUGACAAACGGAUGUGCCGAGGGAUCUCCUCCCCAGCCGAUGUAGACAAAGCUCUCACAUCUCGCGGUGAGAUCAGCCCGCUGAGAUCGUCGCUCAGCGAGGAAAACUCCAGCGCAUCUGGUCUCGGUGUGACCUACGAGCCAGGUCUCUUAAUCGCGGCUUCUGAGCAUCGGCAGCCGGUCAUCAAGACAGUAUCUAUCCAGCCUCUGAACAAACAUCACCUUGCGAAGGGUAUCAAAGUUGGCAGUCGAUUCCCGAGUUAUCGAGUCCUAUCCCAGAUUGACUCUCGCCCAUGGCAUCUUCAGCAGAGGCUUCGCAGCACAGGCCAGUGGAAUAUAGUCGUCUUCGGGGGCAAUGUUGCCGACCAAACACAGAGGGAUCGAAUAGAAGGCUUUGCAGUAUCACUUUCACGCCCCACUUCAUUUUUCACCAAGAUCAACCAGAAUAUCCACAAUUGUUUGGUAGGAUCAAUUGCUGUCCAUCUGGUCCAUUCGUCCUGCCACGAGAGGGUUGAGUUCAUGGAACUUCCCGAAAUAUUUCGACCAUUUCACCCCGAGGGCGGAUAUGAGUAUGAUCACGUAUUUGCAGACAAUGAGGGCUAUGGGGAGGGUUGCGGUCAUGCGUAUCAAUCGUACGGGAUCGGGUCGCAGGGGUGUUUGGUGCUAAUACGUCCUGAUCAACAUGUUGCUUUUGUUGGCGAUCUAGAGGAUACGGCGGCCUUGGAGGCGUACUUUGCGCGAUUUUCUGUUCCUUUGAUUAAUCAAGCGUGUUAG